AUGGCUUGGAUAUGGAUAACACUCACCUUCGCUUUGAUUGCUCAUCUCUUAUUGCGAGCUUCGCUAUGGAAAACAAAGAGCAAGAAGAAAUUGCCUCCUGGUCCAAGAGGGUAUCCAAUUCUUGGAAACCUCCCUUUGUUAGGACAAAACCCUAACCAUGAUCUUCACAAAUUAGCUCAAAAAUAUGGACCCCUCAUGUACUUGCGCCUCGGGUUUGUGCACACGAUUGUCGUCUCAUCGCCCGAGGUAGCCGAACAAUUCCUCAAGACCCAUGAUCUUGUUUUCGCGAGCCGGCCACCUCAUGAGGCCUCGAAGCACAUCUCUUACGAGCAAAGGAGCUUGGCGUUCGCGCCGUAUGGCCCAUAUUGGAGGAACAUCAGAAAGAUGUGCACUUUGGAGCUACUUAGCAAUGCAAAAAUCAAUUCCUUUAAGUCCAUGAGAAGAGAGGAGGUCGGCUUGCUUGUGAAUUUUCUCAAAGACGCGGCUCACGACCACACAGCCAUUGACUUGAGCUCGAAGAUCUCUUCGCUAAGCGCCGAUAUGAGUUGUCGAAUGGUCUUCGGAAAGAAGUACAUGGACAAGGAGUUUGAUGAGAGAGGGUUCAAGGCCGUGAUUCAAGAAUUCAUGGUGUUGGGCGCGACACCGAACAUCGAUUAUUGA